GGCGACGGUUGAGUUUUUAAAAUUUUAUAUCGUUUUUUUAUACAAAAAACAACGGAUUAACCCGUGAAACGGAAUUUAUAGACAGUGUACGUUGGAAGUGGAGUCCGGGCUCGCUGAAGGAGGGGGGCAGAGGAUGGAGUCUGAUUCUGUGAAGGAGGUGUGUGUGAGUUUGAAGCCGGAGAAGGAGGAGCUGCUGCUGCUGCCUGACGGGGUGGACAGGGUGAUUGUGAUGGAGAGCCCCGCGCCGGUCAGCGAGGUCAGAGAGGUGGCGCAGCCGUCCGCCAUCUCGCGGCCCUACCUCCAUGAGAACCUGCAGUGCUACCAGUGCUUCAUCACCUUCUGCAACUCGAAGGCGAAGGAGCGGCACAUGAAGAAGAGCCACCGCGAGGAGUACAAGCAGCAGCUGCAGAGCGGCGACACGCUGUUCACCUGCUACGUGUGCGAGCGGACCUUCCCCUCCUCCCAGGAGCUCACCCAGCACCAGGGCAGCCACACCAAGGAGGACAAGCCUUUCAAGUGCGCCUCCUGUGAGCAGAGCUUCCGCACCUUCUCCGAGGUCACGGCCCACCGCCGCUCCGUCUGCCGCGAGAAGCCCUGCGUCUGCCCCGACUGCGGCCACAGCUGCAGGACCCCGGCGCUGCUCCGGGCGCACCGGCAGAGCCACCGAGGAGGGGAGGGAGAGGCGGAGAAGACCCACAGGUGCGGGAAGUGCGGGGCCCUGUUCGAAAGCGAGGUGGACUUGAUCGUGCACCAGGAGAAGCACGCCGGGCAGAGCCGGUGUAACGGAAACAGCGCUGCGGGCAACGCCAACGCCGGCCCCAGGAAAAAGAGAGGCAGGCCGCCCAAGGCGAGCAGGGAGAGCGAUGAGGAGGAGGAAGAAGAGGAGGAGGAGGAGGAGGGGAAAAACAAGGGAGGAGGAGGGAGCAAAACUCCCAAACGUGCCAAGAAGCAGCCGGCCCCCAUCCCCGCCCCUGAAGGAGAGCAGAAUGACAGUGAAGGAGGAGGAGGAGGAGGAGGAGAUGAUGAUCAUGCUGAUGAUAAUUCCGAAGACGCCUCCGAGCCCAAGAGCGGUCGGAGGGGCCGGCCGGCCAAGGGCAAGGAGAGGAAGAAUCCGGCUCCGGCCCCUUCUGCAUGCCCGGAGUGCGGGAAGAGCUUCGCCACGGCGGCCCUGCUGAAGACGCACCAGCGGCUGCACCGGGAGAGGAAGGCUCACCCCUGCGCGGACUGCGACGAGAGCUUCGGCAAGCCCGAGCAGCUCAGCGCCCACCAGCAGAGGGCGCACUCCGGGGAGAGGCACACCUGCGCAGAGUGUGGCAAGAGCUUCAGCAGGGAAGGGAACCUGAAGGCUCACCAGAGGACCCACAGCGCCACCGCGGCGGCGGCAGACAGCGCCCCCGCCAGAUAAUCAGGACGGGGGGUGGAAUUGCAACAAAAAAAAUGGGGGGGGGGGGGGGGUCGGUUCCUUUUUUUUUCGAUUCCAAUUCCUUUUUUAAAAUCCCUGUUUUUUUGGUUUUUUUUUAAGAAAUUGGAAGUUUAUGUUUUAGAGACGUGCUGAUUGUUGUGUGAUUUUUGGUUUGGUUUUAAUCGACUGACAAACGUCGACUUCAAUUGAAGGGAAUGUGUUGCCGCUGUUGUGAGGAGCUCUAUUUUAACAGAAUGAUGCAGAAUUGUGAUCGAAGGGGAGUGGAAAUGGAAUUGAAAAACUAGACGUGACCCCCAGGUAGUAUGCUUGGGGGGGGGGGGGGGGGGGGGGUUAAAAAUCAUUUUAAAGAUUUUAUUUUGUUAUUAUUAUUAUUAUUGGGUUUUUUUUAUGAAACAAAGGCUUGCACUUCGAAGCAAAGUCAUUUGUUUGACAUCACAAGCAGGUUCUGUAAGUCAAACCAGUUCUUGACUGCUAGGGGGCGCUGCAGCUGCCAGAGGCACAAGCUGUACAGUUUUAACAGGCACUGCAAGGCUUGUUGUGGUUUCACCCCUGCCCCCUCCCCUCCCUUCCCUCUGCGAUCAGCACUGAUCUCAAACAACUCCACGCAGGCGUCUCGGACUCCAGUCCUCGGGCGGGCGGGCGCAGAGUCUUCUGAUUUUCCGUUCCAACUUCAUCUCUCGAUCAUUGAAUAAUUGAUUUGUUGUUCAAUUAGACAUUUCAUAUUUUUACAGUUGAUAGUUUAUGUGAUUCUAGGUGUGCAAGAGAAGUGGCCUGGGAGAGAAGUGUUGAAUUUGUCCAAUAAAUUAAUCAAGCAGUUAGACCAGCAAAGUCACCAAGAGCUCGGGGGGGACGAAAAGCCAGAAGACACUGCGGCCCCCUCCAGGAACACCCUGAUCUAAUGUUGCCUUGGGCCGGGUGUUCUGAGAUUAGUGCUGAUGGGGGGUGGUGUUCUGGGAGCUUGUAUAUAUCUCCCACUCUCCCCCGCCUCGCCAAAGGAACACACAAGAGUCUUGACAAUGCAACUCCCAGUUGUAUUUAAUUAUAUUUAUUAACUUACUACUUCAUAUUUUAUUUUAAUUGUUUUAAUGGCAACUUUUUUUUUCUUUUUUUACAGAAGCUUCUGUUUUUGUGGCUUCUGAGUUUUAAAAUGUGUCGGUGAUUUACCAAGAUUUGAUUUGAUUUAUUCUUUGGAAGUUGGUGGGAAAUUGUUAAUUAGGAUGAUGAUUUAGCUUCUGUGGAAUUGCAUUUGAAUUCCUGCUUGCUGGAAAAAGAUAUUACUGUUUAAAAAACAAAAAAUAAUAAAAACCGUUUUUGUAAUAAAA